AUAAAAAAGAAAGACAGAUCACACGUUCAUUUGAUAAUUUAAUUCCUCAAAUCGAGCGUGUCGACCGUAUGAUGGGAUGGUCACAUUAAACUUGGCCCUUGCUAUUUCAUCUUGCCGGAAAUCUUGAUCCACUCGCUAUCCUCACAGAUCAUGAGGCCAAGAACUUGAUGAAAGAAAAGAUGAAGAAGGGCGAUCAUGUUUUAUUUUAUCAUUCAAAUUGCAAAGUUCCCGGAAUCGCUGGAAUUGCUGAGAUUGAUAAAGAAGGCUAUCCAGAUUUCACUGCCUUUGAUCCAUCCCACCCUUACUAUGAUCCCAAGUCAGUGGAAAGUACGCCAAUUUGGUUCAUGGUCGAUGUCAAAUUUGUUUCUCGUCUCCCAAGUUUCGUGCCUCUCAAACUGCUACAGAAUUUGGUCAACGGGAAAGUAAGCCCACCUGAUUACCUGACCUCGAAAGACUUACAAGCGAUCAAAGACAUGCCGCUCUUAAACCGAGGCAGACUCUCUGUCCAGCCGGUAUCAGUAGAAGCUUUUGAGGUGGUCAGAAACUUGGGUGUCAACGGCGGAUGGCCGUCUGUGGAGAUAAAAGCAGCCCGGUCGUCUAGCAAAGUAACAACACACGAGCCUGCUCAAUCCGAUGGCACGAGCCCGGACGAUCCCCAAUCUAGUAAACGCAAAGCCCCAGCUCGUGAAACCCCCGCUCGUCGCAGUAAACGCUCCAAAAAAUGAAAAACUCUGAUCAUGUAUUCUUUCUUUAUCGAGUUUAAUUGCAUCACAAUUAUCAUACCAAAUUCAUCCCGGAGCCCAUGACUUAUCCCUACA